AUGAAAGCUGCCAUUGUACUUCAAGACCUUGAGACAUUGGACUUUUCACGAUUAGAAACACAUUUUGAGGAAUGUUUGAGAGACCUGUCUUUUGAUGACGCAGGGGAGUUGGAUGUGAUAUUGAUGGACGAGUUCGAGUCCUCCGCUUAUCUCGACACUAUACUGGGAAAACUUUACAGCUCAGCGAGAGAGGUUUUUCUCAACAAAGGCUUGUACUUGACAUCAAUCAAUGUGUUAUUUGGCAAAUGUGCUGUGAGCUCUUUAGAUCUUGAUUGGCUUUAUGUUCCAAAGGAGUCACUCAAGAAGCAUUUCAAUCAUAGAAAUUACAAGGUAUUCGAGCAACCAGUGAUUCAAGGUUACAGCUAUUCAGGCGAGAAUUAUCUUGCGGAUGUUAACAAGUACAAAGUUAGCGCCUUGGGUGGAACUUUUGACCAUAUUCACGAUGGCCAUAAGAUUCUACUCAGCGUGGCUGCUUUCUUAACUUCUUCAAAGUUGAUAAUAGGUAUCACAGAUGAAGAACUACUGCUUAAGAAGAAAUACAAAGAGUUUUUGGAACCGUUCGAUAAACGAGCAGACAACGUCAAGCGCUUCCUUUCGUUGCUAAAACCUGCUUUGACUGCUCAAAUUGUUCCCAUUAAAGAUGUUUGCGGGCCUACAGGUACAGUUCCAGAUAUAGAGUGCUUAGUGGUUAGCAGAGAGACUAUUAGCGGUGGUGAAUUUGUUAAUAAGACAAGAUUAGCUAAAGGGCUCUCAAAAUUGGACAUUUCUGUUGUCAACGUUUUAGGUGGCAACGAGGAGGACGGUUGGAAAGAGAAGCUGAGUAGUACAGAACUCAGGAAAAUACUAAUGGAUGUCAAGAAUCGCUCCUAG